GGGGCAGGGGCGGGUUCGCGGGGGGGGGGAGCGAAGAUGGCGGAGGCGUCCCCGGAACCGGGACGGUUCUUCUGCCACUGCUGCUCCGCAGAGAUUGCUCCUCGUCUGCCCGACUAUAUCUGCCCACGGUGUGAAUCUGGGUUUAUUGAAGAGCUUCCUGAAGAGCCAAGGAACGCCGAGAAUGAAACCAGCUCCUCUACAUCCACCGGUGAUCAGAGCAGGCAUCCCUUUGAGAACGUGGAUCAGCACUUGUUCACCUUGACACAGGGCUAUGGCCAGUUUGCCUUCGGGAUCUUCGAUGACAGCUUUGAGUUCCCCUUCGGGUCCAACGUGCAGGCUGAGGACAACAGGGACUCGGAGAGCCGGAGGGAGAGGGAGCACCAAUCCCGGCACCGCUACGGCGCGCGGCAGCCCCGCGCCCGCCUGGCCACGCGCCGCGCCGCGGGCAGGCACGAGGGGGUCCCCACGCUGGAGGGGAUUAUUCAGCAGCUGGUCAAUGGAAUUAUUGCACCUACCACGAUACCAAACCUAGGACUAGGUCCCUGGGGAGUCUUGCAUUCGAACCCGAUGGACUACGCCUGGGGUGCCAAUGGCUUGGAUGCAAUAAUCACACAGUUACUAAAUCAGUUUGAAAACACUGGACCACCACCAGCAGACAAAGAGAAGAUCCAGGCCCUCCCCACCGUACAGAUCACACAGGAACACGUAGACUCUGGCUUAGAGUGUCCUGUGUGUAAAGAAGACUACACGGUCGGUGAGAACGUUCGGCAGCUACCUUGCAAUCACCUCUUCCACAACAGCUGCAUCGUUCCUUGGCUGGAGCAGCAUGACACGUGUCCCGUCUGCCGGAAAAGCUUAAGUGGACAGAACACUGCCACAAACCCCCCGGGACUGACGGGGAUGAACUUCUCAUCAUCAUCCUCCUCUUCUUCCUCCAGCUCACCCAGUAAUGAAAACUCAUCGAACAACUCAUGAAUCUUACUCAAACCCCACCCCCAUCCCCCCCAACCGUGUCCCUGGGGCCCUCUUCAUUGUCCUCCCUCUCUCCCCAGCCAGCGUAAGCCACAAACAGGAGCUUCCAGAGCAGAGCCAGGGGAAGGGGUUGGGGGGCAGGGAGGGAGGCAGCACUCCCCAGGAUUCCCUUUUGCUUUCCAAAGACAUGGAAUCUCCAGGGCCUUCUGAGCUGAGAAGCCUCAAGCCCUGUGCUGGAGAAAGGGGGGGGGAAAGAGCUCUCUGUCUGUCAGUCAAAAACCAUCCAUUUGCCACGUGGCUUUUUAACCAUUGCAGCGAGAGGCAGCAGCUGCUCCUGCCAGGUGGGAACCCUGAAGUGUGCAAAGCAAGCAGCUGCCAUUCCCAGUGGGAAGGUUGUUUGGUAUGGGUUUGAAUUUGAAAAUUCCCUCUUUUGGUUUUGUUUGUUUCUUCAUUUCUUCUGCUCCUCCUUUGCCUCCUCCUUCUCCUCCUCUUCCUCCUUUUUCUUCCCCCACCUUGAAUAUUCCGCUUGAGAGAUUGAAGUCUUUAGAAAAGAGAGCUUAAGGAUAUUGCCUCCUACCUGGGAGCUCCAGUUGGGGAGGGCUGUCACUGAAAACAUGACACAGAGCCCUCUCCCCACCCCCAUCAUCCUUUCCCCCGCCCCCCUUUCCCCUCCCUCUUUUUUCCCCCCAUCUCCAGCCCCCCUUUUAUUUUCGGUUUCCGUUGGGUUUUGUUUUCCUUUGUAACCUUCUCCCUUCUGAUACUCAAACACUGAAAGGGUUUUUAUAAUUUUAAAUUAUUACUGCUGUUAAAUAAACAAACAAAAACCAAACCAAAAA